GUAACACAGUACUAAAACAGACUAUGAAGCUUAAGGCCAGGACAUGAAAAAAAACAACGUCAAAGGAGUCAAAACUAAACGUCAUGAAAGUCAAAUGUCAAAUCUAGGGGGUGCCUAAUACAGCGAAUACGUAAUGUAAAUCGCAAAUAGGAAAACUAAAUCAAGUGGCAUAAAAUCCGAAUUGAAAUGUUUAAAUAGAAUUACCAUGUCUGUUAUUAACGAACCAGUGCUCAACAUCAUUGUGGUGGGAUUCCACCACAAGAAAGGGUGUCAGGUAGAACACUGUUAUCCAGAACUAGUCCCUGGCAACCCAUCAGAGCUACCAGCAGCUUGGCGACACUUGCCAGCUUUAGCUUUACCAGAUGGCUCUCACAACUACCUGUCGGACACUAUAUUCUUCAAUUUACCUGGACUUACUGAACCAGCUCACACUGUGUAUGGUGUGUCAUGUUUCAGGCAAAUUCCAGUGGAGCAAGUGGUUCAAAAGACUGAGGACAUGACUCGCAGCUCAGUCCAAAAGAGUGUAUGUGUUGUGUGCCGAGCACCACUGUUUGGGCGGUUGGCAGUCAAACUAGAGUUGGUAGUACGAGCCUGGUUCCUACAGGGAGAUUUCUCACAAACAAAAUUGCUUGAAGACGCUUAUAAUCAUUUAAAUAGUUGCCCAGUGCAGAUAGAUCAAAUAGUUGAAGGAUUAUCAGUCCAGAAACUAGUAGAGAAUUGGAGGCACAAAGCUUUAUUAUUAUUUAAACUGCUGUUGUUGAGGCGUAAAGUAUUAAUUUACGGUGCGCCGGCGGGACCUCUGUCUACCGCGUUGUUAACACUUGUGUCGCUGUUGCCUCUGUGUUUGGAAGAUGGCCUGACCCGUGCGGCUAAUGUUGUUCUUUUGAGACCGUUAUCUCCUAUUCCUGUCACUGUCACUGAUAACAAAAUCCAAGAGCCUGAUUGUUCAGUCGAAAUAGCACAAGAUCCUCUGUGUGCUCUACAUAAUGGCACCAGCCAAGAAGAAGAGUUAUCCCCGAAAGAAAGUGGCAAUUUGUUGGAUGAGAAAGAUCGUGUCAGCCGCCAGAGUUUUGACGAGACUCUGCUCAGCGACGUGGUUGACAGGACGGAUUUAUCUGGGACUAGAGAAAAAUGUCAUAGUAUCGGGGAAAAAUAUAAACCGCAGAAAAAUCUGACGGAAGCACAACAAAGCCCUACUAUGGCCAGAGACAUGAGUGUCGAUGGCCUUCAUAAUCUCACCGGCCAGAUCGAUCAGGCCGAAUGUGGAUUUCCCCUCCCAUUGUUUGAAGAUGGUUACCUUUGUUUACCUUAUCUAUCGCUGCAGUAUCUUGAUUUAUUGUCAGACCCUGCAGUGCAGGGGUUUGUAGUUGGUGCAUCCAAUGUACUGUUUAAACAGAAAAGGCAACUGUUCGAUGUUUUGGUGGAGUUGAAUGAGAUGAGGAUAGAGACUGCUGACAUGAUGCUACGCAGACAGCUGACGCUCGGUACGGAAGAUCUUCGGUUUGCUGAUCACGUCGUGCGGUACGGUCCGUCUCAGGGCGAUACGUGGAUUAGAGAACAGUUUGCAAGUUACUUAAUUUAUCUUUUAAGGACUUCUUUGUUACCUGAAGGAAGUCGAGAGAUAGACUCGUACAAUUCUCAGUUUAUGGCAGCAUUUAAAUCAACGCCUGCAUACCAACAAUGGUUGCAGACUACAAAUAAUGGAGAAGUAGAAUCUUUUAUAAACCUGUUACCUAUGCACCCGUUUUCUGGACAACUGUCUGUUGCAGACAUGAAACUAAAGUUUGCACACACGAUGUCGGCAACGGAAGGCGGGCGCAAGGUGUCUGCGGCGGUGGCCAGCACGGGGCGGGCCGUGGCCAGCACGUCGCGCGCGGUGGGCGGCGCGCUGGCCACGGCGCGGGGCGCGCUGGCGGGCUGGUGGGGCGCCCUCACCGCGCCCCCGGACGACCUGCAGGCGGACGACCCGCGCGCCCCGCGCCCCGCCGACCCGGCCGCGCCGCACUCCCCGCCCGCGCCGCACACGCCGCCCGCGCCGCACGUGCCGCUCGCUCCGGUCGCGCCGAAGACGCCGCACCCCGACCCGCCCGACAAGACCAUCGAGGAUAACACCAUCAAUCUCAAUAAGAUACAGGUUAUUUAG